AAAAGUUUGGAAGUGACUUCUGCCGGAUGCUGCCUGACUGAGCGGUUUUCUUGGCGAGAAAGCUUUUUCGCGGCUCCACUGCUAUAUUCAUUCAUUCUUCAAGCUCUCGAUAACCAUUUUCCCCACAGACCCUAAACCCGUCGAAGCCCUAAUUCUUCUGAACCCGUAGCCAUGAGCCGUGGAAGUGGAGGAGGAUACGAUCGUCACAUUACUAUUUUCUCACCCGAGGGCCGCCUAUUUCAAGUCGAGUAUGCAUUCAAGGCUGUGAAAUCUGCUGGAACUACCUCAAUUGGUGUCAAAGGGAAGGACUCAGUUUGCGUUGUGACUCAAAAGAAGGUCCCUGAUAAACUUUUGGAUCAGACUAGUGUCACUCAUCUUUUCUCCAUUACCAAGUAUCUGGGCUUGCUCGCAACUGGCAUUACAGCUGAUGCAAGAUCACUGGUUCAACAAGCGAGGAAUGAAGCAGCAGAGUUCCGAUUUCGUUAUGGCUAUGAGAUGCCAGUGGAUGUAUUGGCAAAAUGGAUUGCUGAUAAAUCACAAGUCUAUACCCAGCAUGCUUAUAUGAGACCACUUGGAGUUGUGGCAAUGGUUUUGGGCAUUGACGAUGAGUAUGGACCUCGCCUCUAUAAAUGUGAUCCUGCUGGUCAUUUCUUUGGUCACAAGGCCACUAGUGCUGGACUUAAGGAGCAGGAAGCUAUUAAUUUCUUGGAAAAGAAAAUGAAGAAUGAUCCUGCUUUUACUUAUGAGGAGACUGUGCAGACUGCAAUUUCUGCACUUCAAUCAGUGCUGCAAGAGGACUUCAAGGCGAAUGAGAUUGAGGUGGGAGUGGUUAGGUCGGGGAAUCCCAUCUUCAGAGUGUUGACCACUGAAGAAGUUGAUGAGCAUUUGAUUGCCAUUAGUGAGCGAGAUUGAUUGAUGUGAUUCAUAUGAAGCUCCCGGGAGAAGCAUAUUGACGACAUCUAAUGCCUUUGUUUCAUAUGUCGGUUAUCGAUGUGUUGCGUGAUUUAUAUAUGCAAGUUCUUGAGGUAGUAUUUGCUUCUGAAUUGUUGUAGACGGUAACAUUCCCAUUUUAUUUAAACAUUACCUCAAAAACACUCAUCUUUAGAAUUUGUAUUUUCAGAGGAGAUCAUCAUAUUACAUGAUUUAACACAAAACAAAAUCUCUGUUGGCUAUAACAUGAUGGGAAUUAGAUUA